AUGGCAUACACACCUAGAGGAGGCGGAGGACGUGGAGGGGGUGAUCGCGGUGGCCGCGGUGGAUUUUCUCGAGGUGGUGGCGGCGAUCGUGGAGGUCGCGGUGGAUUUUCUCGUGGUGGAGGUCGAGGUCAGUUUUACAUUCCUUCACAAGCUCCUGCGGCAAUUGAAGGAGGUCGAGGCGAUAGCAGAGGCGGAGCUCGAGGUGGCAGAGGUGCUCCAAGAGGCGGUCGCGGAGCACCAAGAGGAGGCAGAGGGGGUGGAGCUGGAGCCAGAGGAGGCGCAAAGACAAUUAUUGAACCCCAUCGCCAUGCGGGUAUUUUUGUCGCGCGUGGAAAGGAAGAUAUGUUGGUCACCAAGAACUUCUGUCCUGGAGAAUCAGUUUACGGCGAGAAACGUAUCAGUGUUGAAAAUUCUGGCGGCUUGAACGAGGACGGUACACCAAAUGUCACAAAGACAGAAUACCGAGUUUGGAAUCCUUUCCGUAGUAAGUUGGCAGCUGGUGUUCUGGGUGGUCUCGACGAGAUUUUCAUCAAGCCCGGUUCGAAAGUCCUUUACCUCGGCGCUGCAUCUGGAACAUCUGUAUCUCACGUCGCGGAUAUCGUUGGACCAACCGGAACAGUCUUCGCUGUCGAGUUCUCCCACCGGUCUGGACGUGAUCUUAUCAACAUGGCCACUCACCGCACAAAUGUUAUCCCAAUCAUAGAAGAUGCCCGUCAUCCUCUUAGAUACAGAAUGUUGGUGUCUAUGGUUGAUGUUAUCUUCGCCGAUGUUGCCCAACCGGAUCAAGCGCGUAUCGUUGGAUUGAAUGCACAUUUAUUCUUGAAGAUCGGUGGAGGUGUUGUCAUCUCAAUCAAGGCGAACUGUAUCGAUAGUACAGCGCCUGCCGAGCAAGUUUUUGCAAGAGAGGUUCAAAAACUCAGAGAUGAGAGAAUGAAGCCGUUGGAACAGUUAACUCUCGAACCUUUCGAGAGAGAUCAUUGCGUCGUUGUUGGUCGCUAUGUACGAUCCACCUAA